ACGCCCCCAAGGGUAGGGCUGUGCACUGCAGUAUACUGAGAUUGUAGUGUGCAAGAGAGAUGAAUUCAUCCAUCAUUUAAUCAUUUAAAUUAAUGUAAACAGCUGUGUAACAACCGGAGAGAGAAAUAGUGCUCCCCCUGCUGCCUGUGAAGGGAAUUUCCAUUACACGUAGACCACAGACGAGUCUCCACAGUGCCUGUUCUGGGGAAAUUUAUAUCGGAAAAGUGACAAACGACUCCUUUAAACAUGUACGUGUUCGGUGGGAUGUCAGCAAGAAUUCAGCACGACCGCCUGCGGGCAGAGGGCGCGGGGACCAACGAGCGAGCGAUCCCCUUCGCCAACCAGGACUACCAGGCACUGAAACAGGAGUGUUUGGAAAGCGGCAGUCUCUUCGAGGAUCCCUGUUUCCCCGCCCGGCCGCCAUCGCUCGGAUUCAAGGAGCUGGCGCCUCAUUCGUCUAAAACACGUGGUGUCGAGUGGAAGCGGCCCACCGAGCUGGUUUCUGAUCCUCAGUUCAUCGUGGGUGGAGCCACGCGUACCGACAUCUGCCAAGGAGCUCUGGGUGACUGCUGGCUGUUGGCUGCUAUCGCAUCUCUCACACUCAACGACAAUCUGCUACACAGAGUGGUUCCUCACGGCCAGAGCUUCACGGAAGAUUAUGCCGGGAUUUUCCACUUUCAGUUCUGGCAGUUCGGCGACUGGGUGGACGUCGUCGUUGAUGACCGCCUGCCUGUCAAGGACGGAGAGCUUGUUUUUGUGCACUCGGCCGAGGGGUCCGAGUUCUGGAGUGCCCUGUUGGAGAAAGCCUACGCUAAGUUGAACGGCUCAUACGAGGCUCUGUCCGGAGGCUCCACCACCGAGGGCUUUGAGGACUUCACAGGCGGAGUGUCUGAGAUGUACGAGCUGAAGUCAGCUCCCAGGGAUCUGCCUCGCAUUAUCACAAAGGCCCUGGAACGAGGAUCACUGCUCGGCUGCUCUAUAGACAUCACCAGUGCAUUCGACAUGGAAGCAGUAACCUUCAAGAAGCUGGUGAAAGGUCACGCCUACUCUGUGACAGGACUGAGAGAGGUGGAUUUCCGUGGUAACAGAGAAAGGCUGAUCCGUAUCAGGAACCCGUGGGGACAAGUCGAGUGGACGGGGGCGUGGAGUGACAACUCAUCUGAAUGGAACCAGAUCGAUCCGUCUGACAGAGAGGAGCUGAACUGCAAAACAGAGGACGGAGAGUUCUGGAUGUCGUUUCAGGAGUUUAAGCGCCAGUUCUCACGCUUGGAGAUCUGUAACCUGACACCGGAUGCACUGAGUGAUGACAGUCUGAGUUUCUGGAACACCAUCAAGUUUGAUGGGACCUGGAGGAGAGGAAGCACAGCGGGAGGCUGCAGGAAUCAUCCCAACACAUUCUGGACAAACCCACAGUACAAGAUCACACUGCUGGAGGAGGAUGACGACCCAGAUGACUCCGAGGUGGCCUGCAGCUUCCUGGUGGCAUUGAUGCAGAAAGACCGGCGGCGCUACCGUAAACAAGGCCAGGACGUGCACACCAUCGGCUUCGCCAUCUACGAGGUCCCAGAUGAGUUCCAAGGUUGCCAGAGCGUUCACCUGAAGAAGGAGUUUUUCCUCCGCCACUCGUCCUGUGCUCGUUCUGAGACCUUCAUCAACCUGCGGGAGGUGAGCACGCGACUCCGCCUGCCUCCAGGCGAAUAUAUCAUCGUGCCCUCCACGUUCGAACCCGGAAAGGAAGCCGACUUCGUCCUGCGUGUAUUUACAGAGAAACAGUCUGAGACAGAAGAGCUGGAUGACGAGGUGUCAUUCACGAUGGAUGAGGAGGAGGAGAUCACAGAGGAAGAUAUCGACUCCUCAUUCCGAAACAUGUUUGCUAAGCUUUCUGGUGAGGAUAUGGAGAUAUCAGUCUACGAGCUGCGGACCAUACUGAACAGAGUAGUGUCCAAACACCAGGAUCUGAAGACAGACGGGUUCAGUAUGGAGUCGUGCAGAGCGAUGGUGGCACUUAUGGAUAAAGACGGAAGUGCUCGACUGGGACUGGUGGAGUUCCAGAUCCUGUGGAAUAAGAUCAGGAAGUGGCUGGGAAUAUUCCGGGAAUAUGACCUGGACAAAUCAGGAACCAUGAGCUCGUAUGAGAUGCGCUUGGCCUUGGAGUCUGCCGGGUUUAAGCUCAACAACAAGCUGAACCAGGUCCUGGUGGCACGUUACGCUGACGAAAACGUGAUCGACUUUGAUAACUUCAUCUGCUGCCUGGUUAAACUGGAAGCCAUGUUUAGAUCCUUUAUGCAGUUGGACAAAGAAGGCUCUGGGUUUGCUGAGCUAAACAUCUCUGAGUGGCUGUACCUGACCAUGUGUGGCUAAGCUUCCCGAAGCUACACCAAGACAAUUCGGACGUCCACGAAGACCAGAAUCGGAGCGUCGAUCAUCAUAGGAUGGCGAGAGAACAGCCUUAACCACUUCACUGCUAACUAUACACACCUCGGAUACCUUAGUAUAUUAACGACUAUGCAACAUGAACCUCUUAGCCACAUCAAACUACACUAUUGUGUUGCACUCCAUACAAACACUCACAGCUGCAUGUGUAUUCAGAGCGAGUUAAUCCUGCACUGCGCCUAAGUGCAUGUCGUUCGUCUUAUUUCAUAGCCCUUGAUAACCUAGAAUAUAUUUUCUCUUAGUCAGAGUUGUGGAAUGUUUCUUUUUUUGUAGACCACUACAUAUCCAGUGCAUAUACACGGAACACUAUAUGAUUGGGUGUGUGCCGGGAAUCGGUCAGACCACAACGUCGUAACGUUCAGCAUGCACGUUACGAUCCUCUCCAACAGACUGAGAAGAUCAAUGUGAGAUAGAUUCAAAGCUAAAAGCAAAUCGUCUUCAAAUAGCACCAUGGUCGUACCUUGACCUCGGCACACAUCUGACGUUUCAGCGUGUGUGCGUGUCUAACCAUAUUGCAAGCGAAAAACCAAAUAGAUUUAAGUUUGCCAUUUUAGCCUUAAUGUUUUAUAGUUUUUCAUUCUGGGUCGUUUUCUCAUAACCUUGCUUAACAAUAAAGUUAUAUGGUUUAAAAAACAAA